CUUCCCAUGGAACCAUGCGAUGUCCUUGUACGCAUCUGAUACCAGCGAUAUAAGUUAAUACUGCCCAUCCUCAGGGCCCAAGACGGUGGCACGCAAGAUACUUCCGUUUGAUGAUCGUCAAAUUUAAGUGCAGGAUCUCCUCUGUUCUUGUUUGCAACCAGGACGGAGGCUCAUAGGUCAAGUCUUCCCGGCCUGUGACAGUGGACGAGUCCAGCAAUCAAGCCGUUGCUGCGGCCAUGGCAGAGCCCACGCUGCCGCUCGACAUCCUCACCCGCAUCGCAGACGAUCUACUUGCCUUCAGAACCGAGCGCAAUAGCGACAUCAUCAAGUACGGCGAUAUGAACAAGGACAUCAAGCAGUCUCAGGCUGCCGCUGCAGCGCUUGCGACUUCGGGUUCGCGGGUACUGCGAGACCGGAUCAACCCUAUGCUCUAUCAGAGCCCGCGCUUCUGGACGACCUACGAGAUGUACUUGUUCCGCAGAACACUGGGAAGGGAACAGGCUUACCGUUAUCCCCGUAACACGGAAGCCCACGGUCUGGCGUUCAUGGUCCGUCGUCUGGUCCUCGGAACUUGGGGUUCAGAGGAGCGGCGAAGUGAUCUUCGUCUGUCCUCUCUGGAGAGCGAUGAAAUCUAUCAUCACUUCAGGCAGUGCAUCUUGCUCUGCCCCCGGGUGACCAGUCUCAUUGUCCCUUUCUCCGCAAGCCGCGGCGAGACCUACAACAAGAUCACGUACCGCGGCUCGCUCGCCGAGCUGAGCCUCUGCGGAGUGAAUAAUAUGGAUUCCAGCGCAUUCCUUACCCUCGACUCGCUCGAAACCUACAUGACCGGGCGGAUCAAAGAUUUGUCAAUGGAGAACUUCAGCUACUCGCCCGUUGAGGAGAGCAUGCCACGUCUCGCUCCUGUCGACAUCUCGCUCGAGUCUCUAUCCCUUUAUCGAGGAAACCUGGCCAAGACGUCGUUCGAAGGCCUACUCGCAUCCUCGCGCGACAGCCUGACGCGUCUUUCCGUCGACUUUGCGGGAGAAUAUCCCGGUAAUCACAUCACGGUCCACGACUUCAAAACCAGUAUUCUAUCCGUCGUCCACCUUCAGCAUCUCACAGUCUUCACCAAAGGGUAUCGGCCUAGUGGGUUCGGAGGCAGCCGAUCAUUCCGUUUGACAGGGUUGAUAGACGAAGUUGCACCGUACUUAUGGCAGCUGCAGUCGCUGGAGUUCGAUGAGGACCUUGGCACGACAGCACUGUUCGACAACAUGCCUGCCACUCUAAAGGUCCUUCGUCUAGUGCAUCCCGCCUGCAUCCACCCGUCCGACCUCCCACUGCUGGCCGCACAGGCAGUUCGUCGCCUCCAACUCGCCCUCCGCAGGGUGGUCGUGAUAUGGAAGGACGGCGAUCAUGACAAUUGGAGGCGAGUCGGAGGCGUUACGACCGACCUCCUCGCCGUACAGGGAAUAACCUUGCGCUCAUUCACUGACUGCAGCGAAAAAUCCAAGGAGCCAAAAGCGAAGAGAUUAGAGGGCAAGUACGUGUAUAUACCGCCCAGGCGGGCAGCGGCGUAACGUGAGCAUGAGUGGAGGGGGCGUAAAUGGUGAGAGCAAGGCGAGGAAGGUAUACAAUCAGUCAAGAAAGGUCGGUACCGGUCAUGUUUGGGGUAACAGCAAAAAGAUUGGGGUUCUUUGGUAUACAUGGAUGCAUGGAAGUCGAAAUCUUGGUUCUACAGCGCUGCUUCUAACGGGCCACCCGCCCCUCAAUCCUGCUCUAUCCCACCCACGUUCUUCACCUGCUUAUCCCGCGCCCGAUCAAUAUCCGCACGCCCAUACUCAUACACCUCCGCAUCCUCAUCCUCCGACGACGUGUCCGUCACGCCCUCGAACUGCGAGCGCUCGCCCGAGAUCGUGUCCUCGCUCGGGUUCGGGUGAUCCUUCGACGCCUGCUGCGCCAGCGCGUAGUUGCC